AUGUCUGUCAAUUCAUCUGAAAAUACUAAAUCAAGACCUCUAGGGGCUAUUGAAAAGUACUCAAGUAUCCGUCACGGUCUUUUCCAAUAUUUCUCUGUUGUUUUUAGUGCAGUUAUUGUCCCACAAAAUAAAACAGAAAAUCCCUUAUCAAAGGAAAACCUUUUUGCUGCUGUUAACGAUACCAUUCAAAAGUAUCCAUCAUCACUAGCACUUACAAUAAAAGAUUCAGGAACAGAAAAUGAUUUUUUCCAAAUGGUAGAUUCCAUCAAUCUAUCCAACCAUUUGAUUUAUGCUCAAAAAAAAGUACGCGAGGCAGAAUCAACCACACCAAAUGAGCUCAUUAACGUACUAAAGGCUUCAGCAAUUGACCUCAAUAAGCUCGAUACCGAUCCUGAAAUUAUUGAAGGACUCGAAACAAGGGUAUCAACACAAUUCCCAGACAUUGAAUCAAUUCCGCCUUGGAGACUCUAUUUGACACCAGUACUCUUGGGUGACGAGAAAAAGUAUGCCAUGCAUGUUUUGUUUGCGUAUCACCAUUCCUUAGGCGAUGGUUCCACUGGCAGAAUUUUUUUAGAAAGCUUAGCUAGAUCUCUUAACAAGGUAGGGACUGUUGAGUCUUCUCCCAUUGUGCAAAUCCCUGCAAAAGCUAGCCUUCAUCCUUCAUUAGAGCAAGUUUCUCCUCUUCCACAGUCUCUUUGGAACAUUGCCAAAGUUAUCUUACAGUCCAAAGGUUGGAUUUCAAGCCCAAACUCUCAUUCAUGGACAGGUGGUAGUGUUCCCAAGACAUUUGGAGAAGAUGCAGCUCCCUAUGAAGAAUACUUAGCUAAGGUCUCCAUAUUGCGCAUUUCCGAAUCUGACAUGACUCGAAUUAUAAAUGUGGCAAAGACUCGUGGGGUUUCUGUGACAGCAACUAUUGUCGGUCUUGGUUCUGUUGCUCUCAAUGCUGCAUUGCAAAAGUAUCUUACGGGAAAUGAUGAAUCCUUUUCAACACUUUCAUGCUGCGUACCAAGAAAUUUGCGUCCAAACUUGACUCCGGAAACAGGCGUAGACGCAGACACUAUGGGUGUUUAUGUCUGUGGUAUCGAUGUGGUAGUUCCUACUUCUAAGUUGGGUUUAGAUUGGGAUUCAGUGUGGGUUGUCGCUCGUCAGGCUAAAAAAAAAUUUACUGAAGAAUUGUCCAAAGGCAUUAAAGACACCGAUACAGGCAUGCUUAAAUAUGUGUCGUCACUUGUAGGGUUUUUCAAGGCUAAACCAGGUACUAAGCGAUCAGGGUCAUUUGAAGUAUCAUCGAUCGUUGCCACCGCACCAAAAGAAGAUGCAUAUACUCUGAUUCAUCCAACAUUUUUGCAAUCCCCUUCAGCUAUGGGUGCUGCUAUUAACCUGAGUAUCAUGUCAUUUAAAGGCAGAGAUUUGGCCAUUGGGUUUAGUUGGACCACUGGAGCCGUGCAAGAUAACCGUAUUGUCAAUGAAAUGCAGGCCAAAAUGGAACAACUUAUCAGUCAGAUUGAAUGA